AUGACACUUGCUCAAUUAAUCCCAGACCAGAAAUAUGCAAUCCAGAAUGCUCUCCCCGAAAUCAAACUCCCUCCUGACAAUGCUGUGGUCUACUCCUUUGAUAAGAUCGUGAGCAAUAGAAAGACAUCAGAAGGCGGAAUGAAGGCACAUGUAGUCAUUUAUAUUCCAAUGGUUGAGGACAAGGAUAUCUACGGUUAUUUCAAUUUCAAUGGUAAUGCUUGGGGUUUCCACCCUAUCGAUGAAACAAAGUACAACAAUUAUGCUAAAUGGUGCGGUAUUGAAGACCCCAAACCCAGAAAGUGA